GCACAAUGCCUAAUACAUAAUAUGAUUCUUGGUAAAUGCAGAUUUAAUUGAAUCUAUUUGAAUGAAAUUUCUUCCUAUUACUCUUUUUCCAGGUGGUGACCAAAGCAAAAUCCAAAGGUUGUAGAGUGGGACCUGAUCCCUACCAUGUUGCCAGCAAAUUCCACCAAAUUCCACCCAGCUUCCUUCAUUCUACUGGGAAUCCCAGGCCUUGAGGCUAAUCACCUCUGGCUUUCAUUUCCCUUCAUUGUGAUGUACACCACUGCUGUGGGUGGCAAUAUCCUCCUCCUUUGGGUCAUCAUCUCAGAGCGGAGCCUCCAUGAACCAAUGUACAUCCUCCUCUCUCUUCUUGCCAUCACAGACCUCAUCCUCUCUACCACCACUGUGCCCAAAGCCUUGGCCAUCUUCUGGGUCCAUGCUCAUGAUAUCCCAUUCCCUGCCUGCCUCAGCCAGGUCUUCUUCAUCCACUUUGUCUCUGCCUUGGAGUCAGCCACAUUGCUUUCUAUGGCCUUUGAUCGUUAUGUGGCCAUUUGUGACCCUCUGCGUUAUGCAUCUAUCCUCACCUACAAGGUCCUGGGAAAGAUGGGACUGGCGGGUUUUGCUCGAGCUUUCUCCAUUGUUGCAGCCCUUGUCUUUCUCCUCCACCGGUUGCCCUACUGUGGUCAUCGUACAAUCCCCCACACAUACUGUGAACACAUGGGUGUGGCCAGACUGGCCUGUGGGGACAUUCGUGCCAACAUCAUCUUUGGUCUCUGUGGAGCCCUUUUAACACUGGGUAUGGAUGCAGUUCUCAUUGUUGUUUCCUACAUUCUCAUCCUCCGUGCUGUCUUCCGCCUGCCAUCCCAAGGGGCACGCCAUAAAGCUCUGGGCACCUGUGGUGCCCAUGUCUGUGUGAUCCUCAUGUUUUAUACACCUGCCUUUUUCUCCUUCCUCACCCACCGCUUUGGCCGGGGUACCAUCCCCCGCCAUAUUCACAUCCUUCUGGCCAAUCUUUAUGUAGUGAUACCACCCAUGCUCAACCCCAUUGUCUAUGCAGUCAGGAUGAAGCAAAUCCGGGAUAAAGUUAUUCAGAGUUUCAGUUGGAUGGGGAAAGGAGGUCACUGA